AUGUUAAAUGGAAAUGCCUUUCUGAAGGAAAACAGCGAUAUAAAUAUCUUCCAAAUAACUCUGCAAAAACUCAACUUCAAAGUAUGCCCUAAUAUCAAACGCCAGAAUGCUGAUUUGAAAGAAUUACUACAAACUAAAAUCCAACAAGCUACACAAAUUACAGACUGUAAAUCGGCGACUACUAUAAAAAUCAAAGAACUGGAAGGGAAGCCAACAAAAUGUAGCUUUGAAUCUAGAGUUUCCAGUUGUUUGACCAAUAAAACCGAAGUACAAGAGACUAAGGUUUACGAUAUUAAAACCUUUUCAGCGCCUUGCGAUUCAGACUUGGCAGGACCUGGUUGGACCGUUGUCCAGAGGCGUAAGGAUGGCAGCGUAAACUUUAAUCGGAGCUGGAACGAAUAUCGUCUAGGAUUCGGCGAUCCGCAGGGAGAAUUCUUUUUGGGACUCGAAAAGCUCCACCUGCUUACAAAAACCCAACCGCACGAGCUCUUUAUAUAUCUCAAGAUCUUUGAAAACGAAACAGUUUUCGCUCGCUAUGAUAAUUUUCUUAUAGGCGAUGAAAGUGAAUCGUUUCGAAUUAAGUCCUUAGGAUUAUAUACUGGGACUGCUGGCAAUUCCCUGUCAAGUCAUAUUGGCAUGAACUUCAGUACAAUUGAUCGCGAUAAUGAUUUCUCUGAGUUAAAUUGUGCUUCUGAAUGGUCGUCCGGUUGGUGGUUCCGCAAAUGUCUCAGCUGUAAUCUGAAUGGUAUAUAUGGAGUUAACUAUAAUUAUUCUGAUAUCAAGUGGAAUGUCCUUAAUAUAAAGAAAAAAGCUUUUUUUGUACAAAUGAUGAUUCGACCAAAAACUACUUAAAAUCUCAUAAGAACAACAUGCUACAAUCGAUUAUACAAGUAAUACACUUUGAUAAAAAAUAAAAAUAAAAGAUGAACUGUU